UUCGCUGCAACAUGGAGGGCGUCCGCCUCCGGAUCGUCUCCAGUGAGAGUCUCUAGAUCGCAGUAGAUCCUUGCUCACGAAACGCGCGGAGGAGCACAAUCAUGAAUUAGAGAGCGAACGCGCGGCAUUACGUUGGUCUCUUAAGCGCGGGACGGUGCUCCACGAGGCACGUAUCACGUGCCGCGGUUCCUCCACAUUCCGUAUUCGCGAUCCUUGUCCAGCAAAUUCGUUCGACCGCUUGCGUGCGCUCCGCCAAGUGUUUCGCUUGUUGCACAGUUGCCAAGGCGACUGCGACGUACGUGCGGGUGCGUGUCCCGAUUUUACGUACGUGCGCGUCCGUGUGCGUGCAUGCGUUCGUCGUCCUCGUGGUCGUUCGACGCGUGCACAUGUAGUGCUAUGCUAAUAGACCGAUCGCAGUUAGAACGCCGAUCCUCGCACCGCGUCAGCGUCGUCCUUGGCGCAUCGGCGCUCAGUGGCGCGAUUAUCUGAAGAAACGUUGCGCUCGUUGUUAUUAUGGACUACCCGGUGUUGGGCCACUACGAUCCUACCGUAGAGGCCACGGCCAGUAGCACCUGCGAGGACCAGCAAGAGCUGCUGUGGGAAGGAACUAAUUAUGUCUUGCCCGGAGAUGAGUAUGUACCUGCAGCGGAGCAGUUUGGAGAAGAUUUUGCUGGGGCUGAGUUUCGUGAGACUAGAACGUUGCUCGCCGAUGGCGGGGACAGAUUUGGAGUUUCCACUGCCACUUUCGAUACAGUUGAGGAGCUUAUGUGGAUGGGAAAUCAAGGGGGUCAUGUAACAUCUUACUAUGGGCCUGGUUUGCAAAAGUAUACCUCUUUUCAAGUUCAUGCUACCCAAGAGAUACGGCAUAUUCAUCCUGUGGAUGAGGGUAUCUUAGUGUUAUCGCAGAGUCAACUAAGAUGUCAAUUGCGGCGGGGCAUACCCAUAUUUACGCACACGUCAGUAAACAUGAACGAUAUGCAGUGUAUGUUACAAAUCUCUCCAACUAGACUUCUUAUGGGCGGACACCAGGAAAAGAUAAUAGAUUUUAAUCUCACUACAGGGAAAGAAACUGAAUUAGUACAAGUAGGGGAGCAUGGUUGUGCGAUAUUGCGGCAACACAGUAGACUUAUUUGCGCAGGAAAUCCCGCAGGGAGGAUAGAUCUCAGGGACCCAAAUACAUUAACGGUAGAACAUACUUUCGAUACGCAUGGCAGUUCCCUCAGUGAUUUCGAUGUCCAGGGCAAUUAUCUCGUUACUUGCGGAUUCAGCAAUAGCCGUCAAGGUCUUGUUGUUGAUCGAUUUUUAAUGGCCUAUGAUCUGAGACAAAUGAGAGCAUUAAGUCCUGUCACCACCACGGUGUAUCCACUCUUGUUGAGAUUUCUACCGAGUUAUUCGAGUCGUCUCGCGGUAGUCUCGUCAAUAGGACAAAUGCAGUUCCUCGAUACGAUAUAUGCAAAUGUACAGCCACCAAUGACACGUCUCUAUCAGGUUGCUACUGGGGGUGCGAUGAUAUUAUCAUUUGACGUAGCUUCGACAUCUCAGUUGCUCUGCUUCGGAGAUUCGGCUGGUUCUAUACACCUAAUGUCAACUAACAACCCAGAACCUCAAUUUAAUACGUUUUCUAGGCCUACGGAAUUUGCCGAUCCGGUCGAGACAUUGCAACCUAUUCCUUUUGAUGAUGAUGUUACACCACUUAGUACAAUACCAAUUAUGUAUUCUGAACAACCACUUCUAAGUGAUUGGCCGGAAGAAUUUCUAAAAAAAGUUUAUAGGAAAACUCCGCCGAUCGAUCCCGAGAUUUUGCGCACAAUGAAGAUGCAGGGAACAAUCGGAUACGCACCGAAUCCUCAGGCUUUUCGCAGAAAUCAAGUACAAUACGAUUUGGAAAAACGACGCGGCUUUGUCGCGAAGCUUUUCGCAGGGGACUCACGGUCUAAAACAGACGACGGUGCCUUCGUAGCGAUACCCAAGCGUUAUCGUAAGAUCGAGUUGAAGUAUUCACGCCUUUACGGUUACGACGACUUCGAUUUCGAUCAGUACAAUCGUACCAGCUUCUGCGGCCUGGAAGCCACGCUGCCCAACAGUUAUUGCAACGCUAUGCUGCAGUUACUAUAUUACUGUGAGCCUGUGAGGCUAGCGUUGCUCUCGCACUCGUGCCAACGAGAAUUUUGUCUCUCUUGCGAGCUGGGCUUCUUGUUCCACAUGUUGGACACUUCGCGAGGAUUGCCCUGCCAAGCCGCGAAUUUCCUCAGGGCUUUUAGGACAGUGCCUGAGGCGGCGGCUUUAGGACUCAUACUGAGCGAUUUGCACUCGGAAGCUAAGAAAAAGAUCAGCUUGAUCAGGCUCAUACAGAGUUGGAAUAGAUUUAUCCUACAUCAGAUACAUUAUGAGAUCCUGGAAACUAAGAAGCGACAGCAAGAGGAACAAGAGGCGGCACGGCUCAAGUCGGGAUCCAAGUAUCCGCCGUUUGUCUAUAAUGAACAGGAUUUCCCGAGUAUCCUCGAGGACCUCGGUUCUCGGUAUAGAAGCCACGACGACGAGAGGAGAAGGAGACGGAAGCAAGAGGAGGAUGGUAAAUAUAUGUGGAUCACAUCGAAAGAUAAGAACACCAAAAAAUCCGCCGAAGAGAACGAAGUGCGGGACGAAGAAACAGAGAUCAGUCGUCUAUUUGGAUCCGAACAAAUGCACAUACAUCUCUGUCUCAAAUGUGGGCAAGAAGCUACAAAACAUUCCAUCAUGUUGCUGUCUAAUUUAGUUUAUCCGGAAAUAGUCAAUCCCUCUGAAGAAGUUCCGUUCACGAGUGUUCUUGCCCGCAGUUUAAGACCCGAGAAAAUUACACCCGCAUGGUGUGACAAUUGCCAGAAAUUUAUACCCACUCUCCAGUCUCGACAAUUGACUAAACUACCUCAAAUACUGGCUCUAAACUGCGGCUUAGAUACUCAGCAGGACAAGGCAUUCUGGCAGAAUCAGAUGGAUAUCGUGGUGCAGAAAGUGUUGGCCGGGAAGGAAAUUAGUCCCUGUUCGAGUCCCGUGCCCAUUACCGCCAAGCCCUGUCGAUACGGCAACAACUGUACUCGAGUUGGGUGUCGGUUCAGGCACGUUGGUCGCGACUCAGAAGCAGAUAGAGUUUUACCGUCACCCACGACUUCAUCGGCGUCACCUCCUAGUCAUUUGUAUUACUCGCAUUCUUGGAUACCGCACAACAUCGAGAUCUCACUUGACGAAAACGGCGAGCUGUCUGUGCGGAAAUUGAACAGCUCGCCGAACGAGUCGAACAAUGGCACAUCUUCGAAAGCGAACGUGGUAGUGGAGAACGGUCGAGACGACAACAAAGUACAAAUAGUCGGCGAGGACAACAACGAUGGCGAGGAGGGCGAUGCGAACAGCAACGGGGCCGAGGCGAGAAGUACAAAUCUGGGAAUUUCCAUUAAUCCUCAAAAAAUACAAUACAGUCUCAGCGCCGUUGUUUGUUACGUUGACGACAAGACCAACGAGGAGCGGAGGAACAUCGUGGCGCUCUUGCAGGUUGGACCGAAUUAUCACGAGCGACUGUCGGGCAGCGCAGUGUCGCAAUGGUACAUCUUCAACGACUUUUGCAUAUCGGCGGUGACGCCGCAGGAAGCAGUGUGGUUCAAUCUGGACUGGAAGAUACCUUGCGUGCUUCAUUACACAGCGAUACCGGCUCCCGAACCAACACCAUUUGUCAAUCCGCUCACUUACGACGUGUUUGGGGAAGAUAAGUGCAUCGCUCGCAGCGGUGGCACCAGAGGCAUCACGUUCACUCCACUGUCGUCGGAUGAAAUGCCUCAGAAAGGAGAGUUGGUGGGAAUCGACGCAGAGUUCGUCACAUUAAAUCAGGAAGAAUCCGAGCUGCGGAGUGAUGGGAAAAUGUCGACCAUAAAACCGAGCCACAUGUCGGUCGCGCGAAUCACGUGUAUACGCGGACAAGGCCCGUUGGAAGGUACACCGUUCAUAGACGAUUACAUAAGCACUCAGGAACAGGUGGUUGACUACCUUACCAAAUUCAGCGGGAUACAGCCAGGCGAUUUAGAUGCGAACUUCAGUAGCAAGCAUCUUACUACUUUGAAAUCAACGUAUCAAAAAUUGAGAUUUCUAGUGGACAACGGUAUCAUCUUCGUCGGACACGGUUUGAAGAAUGAUUUUAGGGUGAUAAAUAUGGUAGUACCAUCGGAGCAAAUAGUGGACACGGUAUUGUUGUUCCACUUGCCUCGACAUCGUAUGGUGUCGUUACGCUUUUUGACUUGGCAUUUCCUAGGCAAGAAGAUUCAAUCCGAGACUCAUGAUUCAGCGGAGGACGCGCGAGCGGCUCUGGAAUUGUACCGCAAGUACAAAGAAUUGGAGAGCUCGGGACAAUUGGCGGAGACGCUCAAGGAACUCUACGAAGUGGGCACGCAAUUGCAAUGGAAAGUUCCUGAUAGCUGAUACGAGGAUAAUGCAUCUAACGAUUUAGACGAUAAGAUUAAUUUUAAUGGUGAUCAUGACGAAUAGGUGAUACGAACGUUUUUUUUAACGUUCGUUCGUUCAGCAUCACACAAAGGGAAGGGAGAAACGGGACAAUUUCGAAGAGGGUUCAAACGCCAUUUACGUUCGAUCAAGUAUAUUGACAUUUAUAGUCCAAUUUGGAUGAAAGAUGGGAAAAAAGAAAUUUAUUUAA